UCUUGGAUAGAGGGGCAUAUAUCCAACUCGACUGAUCGUGGGCGUAUUGAUAAGAUGGCAGAUACAGUGGCCUCGAGCGCGUCGGUAAAUAGGCUCAAGUCACCAGUGACGCUGCCUUGUGGCCGCGUGGUGCCCAACAGGUUCGCCAAGGCUCCCAUGGAAGAGCUGCAAGCGCCCUUUGGAGGUGGUCUGCCACCCACCAGGCUACUGAAUCUUUACAAGGAGUGGGCAGAAGGAGGUUGGGGUAUGAUCAUCACAGGCAACAUAGCCAUCGACCAGACGCACCUCGGCACGCCCUUCGACGUCACCUUCAGCAAAUCUGUCUCUUCGGCCGACAUGGAUCGAUACAAGGAGUAUGCCAAGAGCUGCCAAGCAGGAAAGGCGCCUUCCACCUCUAACCAACAUACCAGACCACUGGCCAUCGUACAGCUUGUGCAUGCGGGCAGACAGUCCGGCCGAGGAUUUGGCCGGUAUCCAUGGAAGGCCAGUAUGGCUCCUUCAGCUGUGCCAAUGGCCACUGCUGCUGGUUCGCUACCCUGGCCACUAUCCUCUGCCUUUGAUUGGCUGAUGUGGGGUUCAUGUAGAGCUAUGACCACGGCGGAGGUGGAGGACCUCGUCAAGCGCUUCGCUGAUGCUGCAGAGGUGGUGCAUGAUGCUGGGUUCGAUGGAGUUGAACUACAUGGGUCGCACGGCUAUAUGCUAGCGGCCUUCUUGAGCCCAAGGACGAACCUGCGGACCGACAAGUACGGAGGCUCAGCGAGGAACCGUUUCCGUAUCGUAGAAGAGAUAAUCGUAGAGAUCCGGAGGCGCUUACCAAAGGCCUUCGUUGUCGGAAUCAAGCUCAACUCCGCAGAUUAUGUCCAUGGAGGAUUGACAGAGGAAGAUGCGCUUCUCAAUGUUCAAUGGCUGGCCGAAAUGGGAGGUGUCGACUUUGUCGAGAUCAGCGGCGGCAACUACGAGAAUCCAUCAUUCCUCACAAGCGACUUCAACGCAGAUGACGAGAUGGCCAAGCUUAGUGAAACAACGUCGCACCAAUCUGUCAAGCCCACACCUCCAGUCAAGGCAUCGACCAAGAAGCGGGAAGCCUUCUUCAGCAACUUUGCUCGACGAGCAGCCGCCGCCUUGCCUGCUCCCACCGCAGACUCCCCCCAUCGCAUGGCACUGAUCCUCACUGGGGGGUUGCGUUCCCGUACGGGUUGCUUGCGAGCUCUCGAGGACGCUGAAGUGGACAUGUGUGGCAUUGGGCGCGCUUCGGCUCUCUUGCCAGAUCUACCUCGAAGUUUCACAGACGAAUCUGUUAGCGAAGAAGAAGCGAUAGUGCCUGCGCCCGAUAUGGCACUGCACCCUCCCGGUCUGCUGAAGUUGGUGCCGCUGAAGCUCGUGGGAGCGGGGUGGACGACGCUGUACCAUGCUGCGCAGAUGGGCCGGAUCGUGAAAGGACUGAAGGCUGAUCCCAAUAUUGGAGGAUGGAGCCUGUUAAAGGGACUGGUCUAGGGUGAAUCAUUCCCUGUAGAUGUAGCAAUGAUGAAUCCUGUACAUGUCUGACAAUAGAAUACAGAUGAUUUGCACACAUGAGC